GUUCAUAUUUCGGACCAAAGUUUGGUAGUUGGGUAAUAGUUAAAUGAGCAGAAGAGAAAAGUUGGAAGAUCAUAGGGAAAGUCUACCCUGAUUUUCACAUGUUUGGACCGAGUGUUGAAUUUUGAGGAGCAAAGGCAAUGAUGGGAUCAAGAAUGUCAUCCAAUCCCAAGUACUCCAUGCCCAUUCUUGGAGCGGGACCCAUGCCCACCACUGCCGUCGCCUUCCGCCUUGGCGACGCCCUCCGCCGCCGUCUUCAUCUGGGUUUCCUCCUCCGGUCCUCCCUCAAGAGAGUUUCUCAUCUUGGUGAUGUGCUCCUGUUGAAGGAUAUUUGUCAUGAAAGGGCACUUCAAUUUACAGGUUUUAAUUGUUUCCAAUGGUCAUACCAUACUUUUUCUGCUACAUUGAUGAGCUUAAGUUUCUUCAAUGGAAAUGAAAGUAGAAGUGAUUCUAAAGAUUUUGGGAAGCCGCAGUCAAGGACGUCAAGAAGAGACUUCUUUGACGGAAGGCAAUGGACCAAUAUCCUUCUUGCCGCUAAUGUACUAAUGUACAUAGCACAAUCUGUCUCAGACGGCAAGGUUUUAUACUGGGGGGCCAAGAUUAAUAGUCUCAUUAGUGAAGGGCAGCUGUGGAGGCUAGCUACAUCUUCCUUUCUGCAUGCAAAUAUCGGGCAUCUGCUGGUUAAUUGCUAUUCUUUGAACUCAGUUGGUCCUGCCAUUGAGAAAAUAUGUGGUCCUAGGAGAUAUCUAACAAUAUACAUCACCUCUGCGAUUGCAAGUUCAGCAAUGAGUUACUGGUUCUGCAGUGCACCAGCAGUUGGUGCAUCAGGAGCUAUUUUCGGAUUGGUCGGGUCUUUUGCUAUGUUUGUAUUGAGGCACAGAGGCAUGGUCAAAGGCACUGAGGGAGAAUUGAAACAUAUAGCUCAAGUGAUUGUUCUGAACAUGACAAUUGGGCUUCUAUCUCAAGGCAUUGACAACUGGGGACAUAUUGGAGGGUUGAUGGGUGGAGCUGCAGCUUCUUGGCUUCUUGGUCCUGCAUGGGAGGUUGAGUCUGUCUCCCGUGAUGGGAGAAGAAUUUUUACAGACAGGGCGCCAAUAUUUUCUCUCAUAAGAAGACAUCCCAAGUAAAGCAAUGCCCAACAUGACAUUUUACCUUGUUGUACAUUUAGUCACCAGAUAAAGAAUAUCCCUGCUCAGGGAACUGAUGUGUCGCUACAUUCAUCUCAUAAGAAAUUAGUGCAAAAUUAAUGUUCAUGCA